CCCCCCCUCCCCCCCUCCUCUACCUUCUCCAUCCAUCAGUUGCACGCUAUCAUCCUAUCUGAUCGCUCAAUCUGCUAGCGUCGUCCCCGGCCAGCCACCACCCACUACCAACAAAACCUCGCCGUGUCACAUGGGCCAUCAUCCAAAGACGGCGACGCCAUCAUACAACCUUCUUGGGGUAAUCAACAAAGCUACGUCCGUUGCAGACAUUUGCAAGGCUUUUGCAAAAAAAUGGCACGCCUCAGGUAGGAACACCUCCAAUCAUCGUGACAAACCGCAAUCCAAAUUCAUUUCUAUCAAUGAGGCAAAAAGGGCUAUUAGUUCCCGAAAGCGAGAUAAACACACCGCCACCUUUGACGUCGAUAACCAAAAUACGCCCAAAGGUUCCGGCCGGAAAACGCCGGAAAGCUUGGAGCAAGACGACGAAGAAGAGUUAGUCAUUUCCGGCCCCAGGCUCCUGUCAAGGACCACCAGCCGGCUCGCAACAUCCCCAAAAUUGUCGAAAAGCUUAAGCAGGAAAGGCAAUAAAACACCUAAAGCUUCGGAUUUUUAUGCCCAUUUGGAAAGAUCAACCUCGUUUUCUAGCUCCCAAACCAAUGAUCUUUUGGGAACAUCGAGCAAAAGAAUCGCCACUCCCAUUAUUUUCUCCGAGUCGAUCUCUCGUAGAAAGCCACCGCCGGUGGAGAAGAGGCUGGAAUGCACACUUGAGGAGUUGUGCUAUGGAUGUACCAAGGAGGUCAAGAUUACAAGAGAGAUCCUUUCAAACACCGGACUAAUUAUUCAAGAGGAGGAAUAUGUAACGAUCAAAGUGAAGCCUGAAUGGAGAAGGGGAACGAAAAUUACAUUUGAAGGGAAGGGAGACGAGCGGCCAGGAAGCCUCCCGGCAGAUGUGAUCUUUGUGAUUGAAGAAAAGAAACAUCCAAUGUUCAAGAGGGAAGGAGAUGAUUUGGAGCUAGGAGUUCAAAUCCCUUUAGUCCAAGCUCUAACAGGAUGUACAAUAACGGUGCCGACAUUAGGAGGGGGGGAGAUGGUUUUGAACUUGGAUGAUGAAAUCAUUUAUCCUGGAUUAGAGAAAACUAUACCUAGACAAGGCAUGCCUAAGUACAAUGAUAAUCAAGGUCAGAGAGGCAACCUUCGACUCAGAUUUCUCGUAGGUUUUCCUACAGAUUUGAGUGAAGAGCAACGAUCCCAAGUUGCCAGCAUACUGAGAGAUUGUUGUUGAUGUUCAAGUUUUGCUGUCAAUCUUGGUUUGUUUGGUUUAUGUGUCUCUAAAUCAUAUGUAAAUUCGCCAUAGUUCUUGCUAGCUAGGCAUGCAGGGGUCUGAUUGUCUAUGUAAUAUAAUGAUUAUGAUCUGUACUGUACACAUGCAUCAUAUCCCAACCAUUUGUGCAAGGCUUAAAUUAGCAGAGAUGAUGUCACUUACUGGAGAUCAUUAUUGGUGCUUGAAUGGAACAGAAUUUUACACCUGCUUUAACCCCAAGCAAAA